ACAUAGAGUAUCAUCGAGUGCCUGCAGGGAUGUCGAUACGUUCAUUGAUUCCCGCGCGCCAUGCGCGAAGUAUAGCUCCAGGAUAUCGAAACACGGAAAGCAACUAGGGAGAAAGCAAACUUUUCCGCUCCAUAUUUUCAUCAUCUUCUGUUUCUUAGCAGUCGUCUCCUCUGAAGGGGGCUCUUCGAGAUGGGAUUCGGACAAUCGUAUCUUACGAAAGAGGUAACGUUUGACGCCGCAAAGUUCAAACAAUGUCGAGAUGAACUGGUACAAGGAAAAGAAAAAGAGCUGGUUGCUGAGAUGGAAAAAUGGUUCGAUGAAACAAUGGGGAUGUACAAGCAGUACUGCCUACGACAUAGGCCUAACCGCCAAACGCGUGAAUUGUUUACAGGUCUCAGCACCAUGGUGGAGUUUGGCAAACUUCGCAUCUUGUUAAUUGGUCGCGCUCAUGUCGGAAAGAGUGCUACAAUCAACAAAUUCCUGGAGAUAUUCGGACAGCCAGAGACGCAACAGGAGUAUGAUUCUGGAGAAGGUGACAAGCGUGUAACGGAUGUACUGCUGGAAGCGGCCGACAUUGCUGGAGAAGGAGGAGUUUUCUUGAGAUCUCCCCAGGGCCAGGGUGAUGACUAUCGCAUGAAUGCUACCAAGGUCCGCGCUCUCAUCACCAAUCAGCUGCGCCACGGUGAUAUCUAUGAACGAGAAAUCAGGCCAACUGCUGAUAACUACACGCCUGAUGAAUGCCAUGCUGUCCUGCACAUCAUCCGGGCCGACCACGUAAUUAUCACGGAUAUGCUAGACGAGGAGCUGGAUGAAUUGAGGUGCACCCAAGAUGUCCUGCGUGAACUUGGUGUUGUUCCUGUGACGAUAAUCACGAGGUCUGGAGAGGAAGAGUACACGGAUAGUGACAUGGAACUCCGGCGGCAGGUAGCAGCACGUCUGAUAGGCUCGCCAUUGGAGUACACGUUCACCAUCGACAACACUAAGCCCGAAGAUGAUCCGAUUCGCCUGGAGAGGUUGCGCCUGACGCUGCUGCUGGCGUUACGGGCUAGUGUGAUCCUAGCCGAACAGAGACUCCACCGCAAGGAGCUGCAGAGACGUCGAAUUGCCCGACCACAGCCAUCUGAGGACGGAAAGUACGUUGUGGCAGCAUUUCUCAAAUCCAUUGCCUCACGAUUUGGGUGGCCGUCCACGCUACUGGAAGAUGUAGAGCAGCGCUUGGCUGCAGUAUGGCUGAAUAGAAGAAAGAAGAACUUGGAGGACGGCGAUUUCAUCACCCCGGCUGAGUUUGUAUCAAUACUGGCCUCCCGGAACAAAGAAGUAUGGGACAGAAUCUUCCCGCCUCUGGCCGCUGAUGCAUUGGAAGCACAGGUGAAGUCACAGCUGCACGGCUUUGCUGAGGACUGUGGGCUAACGAACUACGCUGAACUCGCCCUUCCUACUGUCGCCGAUCGUGAGUUGGUCACCGCAUACCUAGAAGCCUGCCCAUCAAGGGAGGAAUAGACAAAAGCAAUAAUAGAUCCACGUUUGCUGUGGUCAGGCACGACCCAUGCUAUCCGCUUGUCAGAGAGUGGUAAACGAUUAAAAAUUGAAAGAUUCACUGGAUGUACGGCUAGGUUGUAAGUGUUCAAGCAUUCUUUGCAUACUAGUAUUGAGGUAGUGGUACAUGUAUAUCAGCAUUUGAAAUUGCUUUAAAAUCUCGAUUUCUCAAUGUAAAAUGAAUAGAAUUUUGUGUCCUAAUUUCUUUACCUAUAGAAACACAUUGCCACUCACUUGCACCUCAGAAUCUCAAUUAUUCUUUUAUGUGGAAACUUUCUUUCGAUACUUACUAACCUACAUUUUCAGCUUCACACUUUCCUUCGUUACAACGGUUUCUUUUCAAUAUGAAUGAACAUUGCUCUUCAUAGAUUUAAUUUGUGUGAAUGGUAUGCGAGCCAUCAUUAGCUGCACUUCACGUAAAGAGAUCCCGAUGGAGUGAUUUUUGUUCUUUCCCACUAUACACACUAGGCGUUAA